AUAGGAGAAAGGGGGGAUUGGUGGCAUAUUCCCCCUCCCUUGCCUGACUGUUCCAGGGGUGGAAAGCAAAGACGUGUGUGAUUGGCUGUGACUGCAGCCGGCUAAGAGAACGUCCCAUCCCCCUGAAUGGUAGCCAACUGCUGGAAGAGACACAGAGAAAGAAAGGAAGGAGUGAGAGAAAGAAAGGGAGGGGAGAGAAUUGGAAAGGGAGGGCAGGGAGAGAAGGGAGGGAAUACAGAAAGAAAGAGAUAGAGACCAUUUGACCUGGCACAGGAUAUCCACCCUUGAACAAAACGAGAGUUUGCCAGGCAAGCAGGCACAGGGCCAGCUCUCCCCCUUCAUUCACCUCCAGCACUGUAACGACAUCCUAAUUCCAGAACCAGCCCAGAGUUGAGAGAAGGACAGGAGCCGGCACACAUACAAGCAAGGAUAUAUAUACACCAGCUGAGAUGUACAUGUAUGUAUACCAGAAUUGAUGCUGAUGACCAAAUUAACAAAGAUCCCUUAUUAAGACAAGCAUGAUUUACACUAAAGACUGCAAUUGGAAUAUACACUGAAGAACGGAUUCAUACAGCACAACUGGUAUACUUAGAGAAAGCAGAACUUUACCUACAGUGUGCGGAGGACCUUGAAGAGGCUAGUUAGGAUAGAAAAAAGUUGGUACAGUACCUGGUCAAUUGGUGUAUACACACUGUUAUACAUCUCACACAUAUACCAUAACUGGAUAACAUAGACCGACACAUGCAAGUAUACAGCUCCUGGUACAUUCGCACUUGAAGGUGGAUAUAUUCCCGCAAAAACAAGACUGGAACAGCUUAGGUCAUCUUGGGGUGUAUGAUCUGCCUGGGUCAGUCCACUUUCCUGAGAUUUAACCACCCAGCUGAAGCUCACUGGAUGAAAGCCAUGAUUCCUUCCACUGGGAGAAGCCAUGCGCCAGGCUUGUACCCAUCAGAAUCUUCUUCUUCCUUGUUAAAUGGUUCUCGUGAUGCUGCAUAUUCAAGAACUGUACCCUCCCAUACCUCACUAGUGAGCUCCAUUGAGAAAAAUCUUCAGGAUAUCAUGGACUCAUUGGUUUUAGAAGGGCCUGCACCACUGAGCAGGAAGCUUUCCCAGACCUCCCUCAACCAUAUCACCCCUAUGACCAAUGGAGAGAGCAGACGGUACAUGGUUUCACCUCCUACAAGUCCACCUUACUCAAACUCAGGAUAUGACAAUACCUUUCCCUCUCCACUGUCUUCUCCUGGAAGUGGAAGUCUCACUAGCCCCUCUUCGGGGCAAGAUGCAGGAACACCAACAGCUCCCCCUGUGGUGCCACUUCGGACUUCUAGCUUUAGCCAUUCCUUGCCGCGACCUGUUCCCACAUAUGGAGGAAGCAACCUUGACUUACGUUCUAAUCGCAGUGUAGGUGGUGGGUCUCUGCUUAAUCCUUCAAGCCCAGCAACAGGAAGCAGAAUGGGGGGACUUAGUGUGCCAAGCAGUCCACUCUUGAGUAGUAAGUUUCAUCACCAGAUCACAGACCGAUCAACUAGCCCUUUUAGACAGGUGGUAGGACCAACACGAAGUCUACCACCAGAGAGUCCAAAACUUGGACGGAGGAACCUUGAAAGCAUGAGGGACCUACCCCCACUUAGCCCUUCUCUGCCACGUAGGAGUUCAUCUAGCUCUGUGAAGCCUGCUUCAGACAGCCCAUCUCGAGUGCCAGACAGCCCCAGCACUUUAGGACGACGUCGGGUGGGUAGUACUAGCUCUCCUGGCACAGAAAAUAACACAAGUACAAGACAGAGAAGGGAGCGCAGCCCAUCUCCCUCCUCUUUUCAAGAGACCUCCCGUAGACUAACUCCAGCAUAUAGCCUUGGAUCACUGGGGUCCCCUUCACAAAGCCCCCGGGUGCAAAGGAAAGGGCCUAUGCUACGGGAGCGCAAAAACAGCAUCAGUGAAAUUUCUGGAAAUCAAGAAGAGCUAAUGGACUACCACAGAAGGCAGAGAGAAGAAAGACUUAGAGAGCAGGAAAUGGAAAGGCUUGAACGGCAGAGGCUGGAAACCAUUUUAAACUUGUGUGCAGAAUACAGUAAAACAGAUGAUACAGCACCUCAGGUUCGCCUGGAUGACAUAAGGAGUUUCCCCUCCUUGGGGGGCACAGAGGAAAACGCUGCGUCCCUCUGCACUCGUAGACCAUCUUGGGAGAACACCAGGAGUACUACCCUGGAGAACACAGGCAAAAGGGCGAGAGCACGGGGAGAACAGAAUGAGGAAGAGAAUCAAAGAGAAGAGAACAGCAGUACAGAGAGUACCCAACACGAGCAGGAAGAUGCGGUAAGCCCAACUGGGGCUGAAGAAUUGUUAGCUCUGGAGGAGCAACGCAGGCAGACCCUAGGACGUGUGGAUCAGCUAAAAAACAGAGUGACUGAAUUAGAGGGUCAGUUGCAGGAAAGUGCAAGAGAGGCAGAGAUGGAACGUGCCCUUUUGCAAGGGGAACGGGAGGCUGAGCUGUCCCAAUUGCAGCAUGAGCAGAGGAUGGCCCAACAGCUGCAGGACAGCCUGACCUCCUUAGAAAGCAACGUCCAGAAGGAAAAAGACAAGGCACAUGAAAAACUGGAACAGGAGAGGAUGGAGCUGCAGAGUAUUCAGCUUUCUCACCACGACCUGCAGAGGCAGCUCCAUAACUGCCCUGAGGCUCUGCGGGAGCAGGUGCAGUGCCAGCUGACACGGGAGUCUGAACUCCUGGAGACAAAGAUGAAGCUGUUUGAGGAUCUGGAAUUCCAGCAGCUAGAGAAGGAAAGCCGCCUGGAAGAGGAGAGAGAGACCACAAGUCAGCAACUUUUACAGAGCAAGGGGGAAUGCCAGCGAAGCAUCACACGACGGAAGGAACGACUAACUGCUUUGGAGAUGCAAGUCAAUCAGAUCUGCCUCCAGGCAGCACAGGAUGCAGAACAUCUUGGCCAGGAAAGAAGCACUGUUCUUUUUCAGCUACACAAGGAGAAAGAGAAGCUGGUUCAGUUGGAGAGAAGAUACCAGGCACUAACAGGACGACGGGGAUUCUCAGCUGGAUCAGCUGCUCUUAGAGAGGCUGCUCUCCACAUCUCUGAGACUAGUGACUGCUUACUCGCUCAAGCUGAUGUUUCUUGCAUACCCGCUAUCCCUUCCAUCUGCUCUUACUCCCCUUCCCGGCAGCAAGAGGAAUACGUUUGCCUUUCUGAUGUGCUCCGCUUGUACAGCAGCUCACCUCUUGUUCCUGCUUUCCCCCUUCUCUCUGCUGCAGAGCCCACCACCGCCCUUGAGUACAUCACUUUAGAUCAGCUACAGGAUAUUCUGGAAAGCAUGCCCACAGGUUCUGCCCAAACGGCUGUACCAAUGGCUGGUCCUGAUGUGAACUCCGCCUCUUGUGCUCCUACACCUGAGGAACUUCCUCCUGUACAUCUUUCUUCUUCAUCUUCCUCCUCUCCCUCCAUUUCUCUGGAGAUGAAUUCCCCAACAACAGAAGGUCACUCCGCACCCCCAGCUUCUGAUUUGGAUACCUGGUACCAAGAUUUAGUAACUGCUCCUUCUGCCUCUUCUUCUCCAUCUUCUUCCCCUCCUCCACUCCCUGCUAAAUCUCAUUCAUCUCGUAAGGCUUUGCAGAUUUCUCGCUCUCGGACUGAAAUUGAAGGUGGAGGCACCCUUCCACGGAUGAAAACAGUCUCCCCCUCUUCUUCUCACUUUUCAGUGGCCACUCUGGGCCGUAGUGUUUCUCCAAAGAAUGCCCCUCUGACUCUGAAUGGCACAAGCAGCCUCUCCAGGGGAUUGGCAGUAACAAUGCAAGACAUCCAAAGCAAGAGACAGCUGGCACUGCAGCAAAAAGACAGUCUGAGUACAGAGGAUUCUCUUCCAUCUGAAGUCGCAGGUCAGCAAGUGAUAGAGGAGCAGCGCAGACGUCUUGCAGAGUUAAAACAGAGAGCUGCAGUUGAGGCACAAUCUCAGUGGGAAUCUCUCCACGGAGCCUCUAAUCAAGGGUACACUCCCAUCAUGCACCACUCCAUUCUUCACCAUCAGCAGGUCCAUUCUCGUGAAGAUGACCCUACACAUGGAUUUGACACUCUUAGUCUGGAGAGUUCUGAUAGUUUGGACACUAGUGUUUCUACAGGAAACUCUGCAUGUUCCCCUGAUAACAUGUCAAGUGCUAGUGGUUUAGACAUGCUGAAGAUAGAGGAGAUGGAGAGAAUGCUUCUAGAAGCUCAUGCAGAGCGAGCCAGGCUUGUAGAAUCCAGGGAGCGUGAGGUGGAGGUACGCAGAAAAGCACUAGAAGAUGAGAGGCGAAGGAGAGAAGAGCUGGAAAGACGCCUUCAAGAUGAGACAGCUCACAGGCAAAGACUAGUAGAUAAGGAGGUCAAGAUGAGGGAAAAGCAUUUUUCACAGGCUCGUCCUCUUACACGCUAUCUUCCUAUCCGGAAGGAAGAUUUUGACCUCCGAACUCAUAUUGAGUCCUCAGGCCAUUCAGUAGAUGCCUGUCCUCACAUCAUUUUAAGUGAGAAGAUGUGCCGUGGCUUCCUGACUAAGAUGGGUGGAAAGAUAAAAUCAUGGAAAAAGCGCUGGUUUGUUUUUGAUCGCCUCAAACGUACCCUAUCGUAUUAUGUAGAUAAACAUGAGGCAAAACUGAAAGGAGUUAUAUAUUUCCAGGCCAUAGAAGAGGUUUAUUAUGACCACCUCCGGAGUGCAGCCAAGAAAGGACUUUUUAACCUCAGCCUGGCCACUAGUCCGAACCCAGCGCUAACGUUCUGUGUCAAGACACACGACCGGCUGUAUUACAUGGUAGCGCCCUCCCCAGAGGCUAUGCGGAUAUGGAUGGAUGUCAUUGUAACUGGGGCUGAGGGUUACACUCAGUUCAUGAACUAAUACAGGUGGCUUCCCUAUAAUGACACACUCCUCAGGAACCACAGGCAAAAGGGAGAUCUUGAAAACAAUUGUCUCUUUAUUCAGUGUUACAAUCAUACACUACCCACUGCAUCCUGCUGUCAGGCAAAUGGCCAAAUCUUUGGGGCAAAGCUUACAGCAGUGCAAAGCUCUUAAAUACAUCUGGAGACACUGAUGGUGCAACUGUGCUUUUGCUACAUGCAAGCACAGGUUAAACAGUACUGUUAUCACAUUUAAUGGUUAGAAAAGUAUUAAUGUUUUUAUACCUUUUUUUGUUUUUUUUUUUUACUUGGAUGUUUUUCUGGUGCCGUGACACUUUGAUCUAGAUUUUUAAAGACGAGCUGGUAGUGCAAUAAUGCUACACCAGUUACAGAAACUACUCUCUAUAUAUCUGUAUAUGUUUUUGUUACUUUUUAAUGCUUUUAUUAAUGCCUUAUUGUGGUCUCUCACAUGUGGUGGAGAUAUUGUUGCCUUGCCCAUAUCCCUUCUGCUGUGGGCAACCUCAUUGUGUUAACCCAAAUACCACCUGUGCCUUGGUUAUGUGAGGCAAAAAUCAAAUGAUAUUUUAUUCUCUUUAAACUGUCCAAAGCCCUUGGUUUGGUUCUCCGCAGAGGGGGCUGUCAUAUUUUACUUACAACAUGAACAGAAGAUGAGUUUACCAAACUAUAAAAAGUUUACGUCCAUACUGACAUUUCAAGAAUUACGGGGAGACGGGUUUAUUUGGAAUAGAUUUUAUCCUUGGGCUUAUGUUUCCUGUACAUUGUUCUGCCUUGUGUGUAUCAACACAUUCAUAUUCUAUAUAGGACUAGUUUUUUGGAAUGUUUUUGUAAUGAUCACCUGUUUUGGUCUAAUCUGAUCUGAGUUUUGUAUGUUAAAUCUAAGAGGAGUUCUGUCACCUUAUAAUUAUCCGUAUCAAGGUAACUCUUAUUUGGCAAAAAAAAAUCACAGUAUUCUCAUUAAACAUAUAUAUAUAUACAUGUAAAUACAUAUAUUAUCUGGCAGGGGAAUAAUAUAUUAUGAAUGGUAGUACCGGAUGAAAUGAUUAAAGGCGCUAUAAUGACAUUUAAUCAGGGAUGGUAAUGGUUAAACAAGCUGGACUUAAAUAAAAGACCAUACAUUUAAAAA